ACACAAAAAUUUACAUACAAAAUAUGUGCGAUUGGGUAUUUUGUUUUCGAUAUUCGUCAUUGUUUUUUUUCACGUUUCACCGAAAAGUAUGCUAUACACUUUAGAAGCCUCUGUGUGUCGGUAGAUUUGGGAAAAUAAAUAGUUCUGAUGGUUAAAUUCCAAAUAUUGCGCUUGUUUAUUUAUAGCCUUUGUUUUCCUACAUCGAAAAUAAAUGGUGAAAAAUGCAUUAUAACAAUAAGGAAGUGUAUUGAAUGCAAAAAGAUACUUUUAAGGCUGCAGAGCUUGACCAAACGAGUUCUGGGCAAACAAAAGGCAUUCAAUUUACAUAAAAUUCUCAUAUAAUCGGAACAUUUUAUGACAUUGGGAACACAUUUGUGAGACUAACACGAGAGACAAGAGCGAUAUAUAAACUGAGAACAGAAACUGAAGAUGUCACAGAACAUCAACGAGCGUUGCAAGGUAUUGAAGUGGAACUGAUUACCCACCCACCCAUACACCCACCCACCCAUAUAUAUGUAUAUUACCUAGCAAGGCAAACUAUUGAAUAUUAAGCCACACUGAGAUACAUUUUCUUGGCAUCAUGAAAAGUCUUUUAAUUUUGGGUAUCUUUUUGUGUCUUGGCUAUGCUGCUGCUGCUGCUGCAACAACAAAAACAACAACACCAAUGACAACAACAAAAACAACCGAAAUCCCGGAGCAUAUACAAACGUUUAUAACCAAUCACAUCAAUCAAGUGCUUCAACAAGUGAAAAACAAACCACAUCCACCACCAAAUACAUUAACUGGGCACGUGCAACAGGAGCAGCAAGUAGGGACGCCAGUGGUUAAACCGUUUUCAGGUCUCCUUCCACCAAUUGCACACUCUAGUUCUGAGUAUACCAAUGCCAAUGACAAGCCAAAGGUUUCACAUACGGUGCAAUCUGGCCCACAAUCGCUGCAAACUGAUGAUCCACAGGUGAGAGUGAUAAAUCAUGUGGCAACGGCCACCCUGCUGCAACGCGGACAGCCUGUGGUCCAGAAUAAAGUCGUCAUGCCGCCCGUAUCCCAAGUUGUGGUCAGUUUACCUGGUGAACAGCAUACACCACCAAUAAAUAUAGCCGACAAGGUGCAUCAGUUGCAACAUCAUGUCAACUAUGUGAUGCAACAGGCACAAACUCACAUACCGCAGGCCUUGCAACAGGCCAUCAAAGAGAAAAGGAAGAAGCAACAGGAGCAGGAGCAAGAGCAAAAAGAGAAGGAACAAUUGGAAAAGGAUCGCACCAGCACCACCAGCACCACCUCAACUCCCAUGCGUUCCAAUCAGAAAAAUGCACGUUCUAUUACCAUGCCUUUCGAUGCCUCGAAUAUGAUUCAGGCCGAGGACAUUCCCGAAAUCCUGGAGACACAACGUCGUGAAAUGGAUCUUGGUAAAUGUAAUUUCGAUUGUCCUGCCGAGUCCUUAACGAUUUGUGCCACGAAUGGCAAAUGUGUGGUCAAUUUUCCCGGACAAUGUGAAUUGUCGCAAUGGAAUUGCUUCAAUACCAAAAAUGUAUUUCAUCAAGUCCAUGAUGCCGAUUGCCAAAAUACAAUCAAAUGCUAUCAACGUGAUAUGAUGAUGUAAGGAAUGAGUAACGAAUCUAUUCUAUAUAUAAUCAGCUUAAAGUUAUA